GCAGCCCCGUCACCCCGGCGCCGCCCGCCCCAGCGCCCGCUAGCCAGCUCCGGAGUCGCCGGAGCCCUGCGCCUGGAGGCGCCCCUGCCUGGGCCACCGGGGGCCACUCUUCGCUCGGGUAAACAGGAAAGGAAAUACCCCUCGUGGAUUAAAAUAAAAUAAAAAAAAUCUGCUGGGGGCGAAGGAGGGAGGUGGGGUUUGCCUGCGCGCGUGUUGGACUCCAGAGAGCAACUCAGGAGCCCGCGCGCGGUCGUCGCCUCCCGGCCCGGCCAUGGACUGGCGGGAGGAGGGCGCAGGGCGCCUGGGCUGCUCAGGCCCCUAGCCGGGCGCUCCCUCGCCACCGGCCCCGCUCCGGGCCUCUAGGGAACUGAGACGGUCUCUUCUUCGCCUGGACGGCGCCGGGGAGCGGAGGAUCUGCGCACCGGGUCUCCAGGAUGUGCCCGUCUGAGAUGGGGACGCUGUGGCACCACUGGUCGCCUGUGCUCAUCAGCCUGGCUGCCCUGUUCUCCAAAGUGACGGAAGGUCGCGGGAUCCUUGAGAGCAUCCAGAGGUUUUCCUUGCUGCCCACCUACCUCCCCGUGACCUACCACAUCAACAACGCUGACGUCUCCUUCUUCCUGAAGGAGGCCAACCAGGAUAUCAUGAGGAACUCCAGCCUGCAGUCCCGGGUGGAGUCAUUUCUGAUUUACAAAUCCAAGAGGCUGCCUGUUCUCAACGCCAGCUACGGGCCUUUCUCCAUCGAGCAAGUGGUGCCCCAGGAUUUAAUGCUACCUUCCAACCCGUUUGGAUUCACCAACAAAUUUUCUCUUAACUGGAAACUAAAAGCCCACAUCCUGCGGGACAAAGUCUACCUGAGCCGGCCCAAAGUGCAGGUUCUGUUCCACAUCGUGGGCAGAGACUGGGACGACCGCAGCGCCGGGGAGAAGCUGCCGUGCCUGAGGCUCUUUGCUUUCCGAGAGACCAGAGAGGUGCGGGGCAGCUGCCGGCUGAAGGGGGACCUGGGGCUGUGUGUGGCCGAGCUGGAGCUCCUGUCCAGCUGGUUCAGCCCCCCCACGGUGGUUGCCGGCAGGAAGAAGGCCGUGGACCAGCCGGAGGGGACCCCCGUGGAGCUCUACUACACCGUGCACCCAGGGAACGAGCGAGGGGACUGCGUCAGGGAGGAUGCGAGGAAAAGCAAUGGGAUCCGGACAGGCCACAGUGACAUGGAUGAGUCCGGGCCUCCCUUACAGAGGAUCGGGAGCAUCUUCCUUUACCAGACUCACAGGAAGCCUUCCCUGAGAGAGCUGCGCCUGGACAGCAGCGUGGCCAUCCACUACAUACCAAAGACCGUGAGGAAAGGAGACGUGCUGACUUUCCCUGUUUCCAUCUCCAGAAAUUCCACUGAAGAUCGCUUCACGCUGAGGGCAAAGGUGAAGAAAGGCGUGAACAUCAUCGGCGUGCGAGCCAGCAGCCCUUCCAUUUGGGAUGUCAGGGAGCGCACGGAUUAUACUGGAAAGUAUGCACCAGCUGUCAUCGUUUGUCAGAAGAAAUCGGCUGGCUCGGAAAACAGUGCGGAUGGCGCCUCCUACGAGGUCAUGCAGAUCGACGUGGAGGUGGAAGAGCCCAGUGACCUGCCAGCCACACAGCUGGUCACGUGGCAGGUCGAGUACCCUGGAGACAUCACGUCUGACUUGGGAGUGUCGAAGAUCUAUGUGAGCCCAAAGGACUUGAUUGGAGUUGUGCCAUUGGCUAUGGAGGCAGAAAUUCUGAACACAGCCAUCCUCACGGGGAAGACGGUGGCCGUCCCGGUGAAAGUGGUCUCCGUGGAGGACGACGGCACAGUGACAGAGCUGGUGGAGUCUGUGGAGUGUAGAUCGUCUGAUGAAGACGUGAUUAAGGCAAGUGAUAUGCUUGACUACGUCUUUGUCAAUGGGAAGGAAAUGAAAGGCAAGGUGAACGUGAUGGUGAACUUCACCUACCAGCACCUGAGCAGCCCCCUGGAGAUGACAGUGUGGGUGCCCCGACUUCCCGCUGCAGAUGAGGUCUCAGACACCGAGCUCAAUCAGAUCAAGGGCUGGCGAGUGCCCAUCGUCUCCAGCAGGCGGGCUGCUGGGGACAGUGAGGGAGAAGAGGACGAUGAGCGGAGAAGGCGCACCCUGCAGUACCAGCACGCCAUGGUGCAGGUUAGCGCAGUUGUAGCUGAGGCAGCCGGCCCUGGGGACCACCUGGCCCACCUGCUGGGCUCCGACUAGCAAGUGGACAUCACAGAGCUGAUAAAUGACUUCAUGCGGGUGGAGGGGCCCAGGAUCGCCAAGCUGCAAGGUGGACAGAUCCUGAUGGGACAGGAACUUGGAAUGACCACCAUUCAGAUCCUGUCUCCUCUGUCGAGACACAUCCUCGCUGAAAAGACCAUCGUGCUGGUUGAGAAGGUGACCAUCACAGACCUCGGGGUGCAGCUGGUGACAGGGCUCUCGCUCUCCUUGCAGCUCAGCCCAGGAAGCAACAGAGCCAUCUUUGCCACUGCGGUAGCUCAGGAACUUCUGCAGAGGCCAAAACAGGAAGCAGCCAUCAGUUGCUGGGUCCAGUUCAGUGAUGGCUCAGUCACACCCUUGGAUAUUUAUGAUAGGAAACUCUCCUUGGUGGCCACAUCUUUGGAUGAGAAGGUGGUCUCCAUCCACCAAGACCCCAAAUUCAAGUGGCCUAUCAUUGCUGCAGAAACCGAAGGGAUAGGCGCCCUGGUCAAGGUGGAAAUGGUUAUUAGUGAAUCCUGCCAGAAAUCCAAGCGGAAGAGUGUGUUAGCUGUUGGAACAGCAAACAUCAAAGUUAAAUUUAGCCAAAGUGAUACUAACCCCCAACACAGUGACAGCAGACACACAGGAGCAGGGGUUCACCUGAAAAACAAUGUCAGUGACAGAAGGCCCAAAAAACCUUGCAAGAAUGGGGGAGUCCAGGAAGGACAGUACUAUGGCAGUUCUUCCAUGGGACUCAGAGGACAGGGCACCACAACAGACAGGUCCAUCCUGCAGAAGAAGAAAAGCCAGAAAACCUUUUCGAAUGCUGACAACCACUUGCAGACUAGCCCCAGUGGCCUCACCCAGCUUCCCAGCCCAGGUGGACCUCCCAGAAGCAAUGCGGAAAUGGAUGGGAAUGACCUUAUGCACAUCAAAGGGCUGAGCGACUUGGAAAUUGGGAUGUAUGCUUUGUUGGGUGUCUUCUGUUUGGCCAUUUUGGUCUUCUUGAUAAAUUGUGUGACCUUUGCAUUAAAGUACAGACACAAACAGGUUCCCUUCGAGGAGCAGGAAGGGAUGAGUCACUCUCAUGACUAGGUUGUAAGCAACCCGGACAAACUGUUGGAGAAUCACAUCAACUUUGCCUCAUCGCAAGAUGAGCAAAUCACUGCCAUUGACAGGGGCAUGGAUUUCGAGGAAAGUAAAUAUCUCCUCAGCACAAACUCCCAAAAAAGCAUCAAUGGGCAGCUGUUCAAACCCAGCACAGGACCCAUCGUCAUCGAUGGGAAGAGACCAGAAAAGUGAUCCCCCAACAUCCCCCUACCUCAAAAGGAAGGGUGGGGGUACACCUUCACACAUGGAGUCUCCUCGGCAAUGAGUACCCCCACCAGGAACUCCAUCGUGAUGAGUAGCCGGGAUGACAUUAGUGGAGUCUGCCAGGAUCUGGACCCUGGGGACUUAAAGCUGCUGAUCUACAUGGAGAGGUUACAUGAAAAUGUGUAA